AUGACCCCGGCCGGCGGCCCCCGCGCGCAGCGCCCCGCCGCGCUGCCCCGCAGCCUGUCCCGCCUGCGCGAGUGUCCGGGCCGCUCCCGCAUCGUGCUGGCGCUCGGGGCCACGCAGAUGGCGCUCGGAUGCCUCAUCGUGGCCGUCAGCUUCGCCGCGCUGGCGCUCACCACCUCGGCCCGCGUCCGCCACUCCUGUCCCUUCUGGGCCGGCUUCUCGGUGCUGCUGUCGGGACUUAUUGGCGUGGUCUCCUGGAAAAGGCCUCUCUCGCUCGUGAUAACCUUUUUCAUGCUGCUUUCUGCAGUGUGUGUCAUGCUGAACUUGGCUGGUUCCAUUCUCUCCUGCCAGAACGCUCAGCUCGUCAGCUCCCUAGAAGGCUGUCAGCUGAUUAAGUUUGACAGCGUCGAGGUGUGCGUCUGCUGUGAAAUGCAGCAUCAGUCAUCCGGCUGCAGCAACCUCGGGGAGACGCUGAAGCUGAACCCGCUGCAGGAGGACUGCAACGCCGUGCGGCUGACGUUGAAGGACCUCCUCUUCAGCGUGUGUGCCCUCAACGUCCUCUCCACCAUUGUGUGUGCCUUGGCCACUGCCAUGUGCUGCAUGCAGAUGGUCUCCUCUGAUGUCCUGCAAAUGUUCUUCCCGCAGAGGCCCCGUUCUGCCCACCCUGCCUGCAUGACUCCCCACGGCUCCGUUCUCCACCAGACGCUGGGCUUCGACGAGUUCACUCCCCCCAUCCCACCCCCACCUUACUACCCCCCAGAGUACACCUGCACACCCACGGCCGAGGCCCAGAGGGGCCUGCACCUGGACUUUUCUCCCUCCCCCUUCAGCACCUUGUAUGAUGUCGCCAUCAGCAGUCCCGGCCUGCUCUACCCUGCCGAGCUCCCUCCGCCCUAUGAGGCCGUGGUGAGCCAGAACAUGGCCAGCCAGGUCACGCGUAUAGACCAGCAGGUGACUGAGUCCAGCUCUGGGGACCCAAACGCCACAGCUGGCUUCAGCACGCAAGCGUCAGUGGACCCGGCAAGCCUCCCUGCUGCCGAGCGCGCCACUGCGCCGGACCUGAGCUGUUGCUCCCUGGACGGGCCGGCGGCGUCCUCCCCACCACGGUCCCCGCCUCCCUGCCGCCCCUCCUGCCGCGCGUCCCCAGACGGCCCCAGCGUCGGCGCGUGGGCGCGGGCGGGCCCAGAGCGCAUGGCCCGCUCUACCAGCGACCCCACCUCGUGCGCUGCAGGUACCGCGGACCUGGCCCACCUGUGUCCCCGCGGGUUCGCCCAGCCCUCCCUGGCGCCUCAGGGUGGUACUUCCUCGCAUAGCCCCGUGUGCAUUUGUGAUCUGGAAGCAGGGACAUCCCAGGCUGCUCGAGCGACUGUUCCCACAUCUCGCUCUGCCGAGGCCACCUCUGCUUAUCAGCACCCUCUUUCCCCAUCGGGAGAACAAAGUGGUGCCUGGAAAACCGGCCAGCAGCAGUUCAAGCCAGAGGCCUCGCAACCCAUCUCCAAGCAGUGUCCUCACUUGGUGGUGGACAGCCAGGUCUACACGGACACCAGGGUCCUGGUGGCCAAGUUCCUAGAGCACGCGCACAGUGCCCUGCCUGCUGAGGUACGGCACGUGGUGCGUGCCAUCCGCUCCGUGGUCGCCCCUGACGAGUGCCACCCGGACGAAGCCAUCCUCAGCACCAGUGUUCUGGACCAGGUGUGAAGGACCCAGUGUCUGCACAUGGACCCGGACAGUCCUGGUGCAGCAAGCCCUCUUGCCGGAAGUGGCGGACUUGGCAGAGGACAAGCCCAGGGGACAGCCAUGAGCCUCUGGGGUGGCCUGGGCAGAGAGCUCUUACUUCCUCUCCUGAGGUGGAGGACUGAUCCACUGUUUUCUCGGUGAUCACAUUUCCCACCUAUUUCAGAAUACAGAAAAACUCGUAUCCACAGUGAAUUCUGCAGUUUUAUCAAGUGUGUGUCACCUCGAACUAAUGCAGGUGACACAAAUGUGAAUACAGUGGCAGGCGAUACUCAUGUAACUUAAAGACACUACCAAAAAUCCCCAAACCAGUUGCCACCUGGUCGAUUCUGACUCAUGGAGCCCCCAUGUGUGUAAAAUAGAACUGUGCUCCCUAGGGUUCUCAAGGCUGGGACCUUGCAGAAGCAAAUUGCCAGGACUUUUUUUCGAGGCAUCUCUGGGUGAGUUCGAACCGCCAACCUUUCAGUUAGUAGUCGAGUACUUAAGUGUUUGCACCACCCAGAUACCUUCAAAACCAGAGUCGUUAAAAGCAGGAGUCCCCCAUCAGUUUAGCUCAGUGUUAAGUGGACGGAAGCUGACAUCAAGUAAUGAAGCCAUUUCCAUAUGUGGCUUGUCAUUCUAUAAUCAAACAUUUAUCAUAGCCUACCUUUAAAGAAAAUAGGUCAUUCUAGCACAGGUGGCAGCCGGGGCCCAACUCUGUGCCCCAGGGCUCCGGGGCUAUUGUGCCAACAGAGGUACAAUGUUGGACUCUGUUGGGGGCUGGCCACCCCUGGGGGGCAGAGGGAGGCGUGUGGCAAGGGGCUUUGACAGGCCUCUCAUUGGCUUGUCUCCCAGGCUUCCCCUUCUCAGCCCUCCAUCUGUGGGGUGCCUUCCCCGCUUCCUCUCUGGUUUCUUUUUGGCCUCUGCCUCCCUCCCACUCGUUAACUGACUCCAGUGGGGAAUGGAAACUGGUCGUUGCUAUUUGUUCCAUAAUCAUGAGCACCUACUCUGAGCCACCACUCAUUUGGGGGUUUCCCUUGUGUCCAGCUUGUAACUGAUUGGCCGUGGUGGGUUGAGGCCCGGGGGAUGAGGUCAUCUUUCUGGGAUGUGUGACCUUCUAAUAAACCCAGUCUCAGAUGGCCCAGUGCAGACCCUUGCCAGCCAGGCCAGCAGCAAAAUCAACUGCAUUGGAGAAUGGAGGUUGUAAUUGUUUAUUUUCAUAAAAACACCCAAUGUGUUGGUGAUGCAGAAGCAGCCCGCCCAGCCCCCUCUGAGACAGCCACUUGGCCCCUGGCCCCUCAUGUUCUGGCUGUCAGAGGCUGCCACUUCCGGGAGAGCUCUCCGCAGUGACGGCAGUGCCUGUGUCUGUGCCAUCAAACCAGGAGGACCAGCACGCAGGGGACACGGGGCCCCUGGGCUGGGCUGGAGGCUCCCACGCGCACAAAGCCACCCAGGCCAUCCAGGGCUCCUCUGGGAGCUCAAGGCCGCACCAGGAAUGCAGAGGGAGGACCAGGCAAAGGCUCACACUGCCCAGCCACCCAGCAGCCCCAGUGGCCACACCUGCUCCCGGUUCCCUCUGCUCCAAGCAGCCUGUGCCUGUCUGCGCCCCAUCCUUAGCCUCUAGACCCCCGUAGCUAACAUGCUGGGCCUGGCUCCUAUGGUUGGAGCCUGGGAGGGAACAGGCCCUUCUGCCCUCCAGCCCAGGUGCCUGACCCUCCCUCCAGCCCGGACCUGGCGUGAGCUGAAUGUGGGGGGUGGCGCUGUGGCCAGCAUGACUGACACCUGCAAAGCUUUACUAGUACUGCUGGUCAGUGCCUCCAGGGGGUUAUAGCACCAGCUUUACUAGUACUGCUGGUCACCGCCUCCAGGGGAUUAUAGCACCAGCUUUACUAGUACUGCUGGUCAGCUCCUCCCAUGGGUUACAGCACCGGCUUUACUAGUACUGCUGGUCACCGCCUCCAGGGGGUUAUAGCACCAGCUUUACUAGUACUGCUGGUCACCGCCUCCAGGGGGUUAUAGCACCAGCUUUACUAGUACUGCUGGUCAGCUCCUCCCAUGGGUUACAGCACCGGCUUUACUAGUACUGCUGGUCAGUGCCUCCAGGGGGUUAUAGCACCAGCUUUACUAGUACUGCUGGUCAGCUCCUCCCAGGGGUUACAGCACCGGCUUUACUAGUACUGCUGGUCACCGCCUCCAGGGGGUUAUAGCACCAGCUUUACUAGUACUGCUGGUCAGCUCCUCCCAUGGGUUCCAGCACCAGCUUUACUAGUACUGCUGGUCAGCUCCUCCCAGGGGUUACAGCACCGGCUUUACUAGUACUGCUGGUCAGCUCCUCCCAGGGGUUACAGCACCGGCUUUACUAGUACUGCUGGUCAGCGCCUCCCAGGGGUUACAGCACCAGCUUUACUAGUACUGCUGGUCAGCUCAUCCCAUGGGUUAUAGCACCGGCUUUACUAGUACUGCUGGUCAGCUCCUCCCAGGGGUUAUAGCACCGGCUUUACUAGUACUGCUCGUCAGCGCCUCCCAGGGGUUAUAGCAUCGGCUUUACUAGUACUGCUGGUCAGCUCCUCCCAGGGGUUACAGCACUGGCUUUACUAGUACUGCUGGUCAGCUCCUCCCAGGGGUUAUAGCACUGGCUUUACUAGUACUGCUGGUCAGUGCCUCUGGAGGGUUACAACAGCAGCAGACAACUAGAAAUGAGGCCCUUUGACCAAAGCCGCUCCUUUUCUAGAAGAGACAUAUUAAAGGUGAAUACUAUGAGAUGAAUUUAUUCAGACUAUCAAGAGGGAAACAUAUUCUCUUAUUGUUCUCAAGUGAGGGCUUUUAAAGUUCUAAAAAAGCCAAAUCCCUUUGAGGGUAAGGUCAAAGUGCCCCUUGGCCCAGCCCACAAGCGAAGCAUCAGUGGCCCCAGAGCCCACGCCUCGGAAUCAGGGCACUUUCAGAGUCUCUGGGUGGGGAGCCAGGUUCCUCCUGCUUAAGGGGGUCCACACUCAGGCAUGUGACUUCAUGCAGCCUUGUCCCUGGCUGAGCCCCCAGGGGCUAAACCUGCAGUUCUCAGACCUGGCUGCAACUCAUUGACUCAACCGUUGGGGGUGGCAGCAGGGCACUUGAGUCUUUUUAUCUCCAGCCAGGGUGGCAGACGCUGGGCUCCCAGCCCAGCCCUCUGUGCCCUCCCCAUUUCUGCAGUCCAGCAAUGCAUCUUUUCUGCAGUUUGGGCUCAAGCCGCACCCAGGCUGGGACUCCCCAGUCGCAUGGUGUGGAUACCACCCAUGUCCCCGCCCCUCUGCUCCCGGUGGUUCUGAGGUGCUCCCCCCACCCCCACCAUCCCACACCCAUUUCUGUAUUUGCUCUCACAGCAGCUCCACUUUGCAGAUGAGGAAACUGCGCCUGGUUUUAUCCUGCUGGGCUGGAACCUGGCCUUCUGCUCCUAAAUAUAGGGAUGUUGGGGGUGGUGGUGGCUGCAGGUGAGGAGUCAGGCUGGGCCCUCCUCCGCCCCUGCUCAGGGCCCGGGGGCCACAUGGGCACU